AUGGCAAGGUCAAGUAACGAAUAUUAUCCUGUCAUUCUUGACAUAUGCUCAACAUUUAUUCGAGCAGGGUUUGCCGGUGAUGCAUUGCCUUUAGUAACGAUUAAAUCUGUUGACCAGAAUACUCAAAGGGCUUCAUCUUCCGUACCUCCAUAUUAUAAUGUAAGCGAUGCUUCAAUGACUUCUGAGCAACAUGAUAUGGUUAUAUCAUCUUUAUUUUCAUCCAAUGCAGUUAUAAAAAGGGUAUCAGAAAUAUAUUCCAGAGAUCAUAGUAAUAAUCCAAGACAGUCAAAAAGUAUAUCAGGAAAUAAUUUGCAAGUUAAACUCUUGGAUAUUUUUAAUAAUCAUUUGCUAGUUUCACCUUCGAAAACAAAGAUAAUUAUAGUUGAUUCCAGCUAUUCGAUACUAGAAAAGUCUAGAAUUUCAACGAUUUUGCUAUCGAAGAUUGGAGUUAAAUCGAUAAUAUGGGUACCCGAGCCUAUGUUGCAUGUAAUAGGUGCAAAUAACACAAAUGGGCUAGUAGUCAAUGUGCGGUGGGAUUUAUUACUUCUAAACACAAUUAUAGACCUCAGGAUAUUGAGUCACUUAGAGGAUUCUAAAAGGUUCAAUGGUAGUUCAUUGCAUUACAAGAUUAUAGAGAAAUUGAUAGAAUUGGAAGAUGAAGAUGUAAAUGCAUUGUUAGAAAGAAACGACUUAUUUGAUAUUAUCGAAAAUUUUAUUGCAAAUGCCGUCUAUGUCAGACCUAUAGACGAAAAGGAAAAUGAUACAAGGCUAUUUCAAAUUUCAAAAGGCAUCAGUAUUCCAAAUAGAUUACGAUAUGAAGUGGUAGAAUCUUUAUUUUUCGAGGAAGAUAAGAUAUGUCAGGUAAUAGUAUCCAUUGUCAAAAAGUCACCAAUCGACGUCAGGCCAGUCUUACUUGAAAAUAUAAUAAUAACUGGAGAAGCAUCUAAUAUUCCUGGAUUUAAAACACGACUUAUACGGGAAGUCAGAAAUUUGGUCAUCGGUAAUGCAAGUUGCAAAGUCACUUUAGGACUGUGGGCUGGGUGCUCUUUAUAUUGUUCUACUACCUUAGUGCGACAGAAUGAAAAGGUAUGGAAGUCCCAAGAGAUAACGAAAGAAAUUCUAAAGAAUUCAAUCUCACACGAUGGCAUUCGCUUAACAAAUAUACCAGAUGCAUUUAAUUCACUUUAUAAAAAUGGUUAA